AAUGAGCGCGUACCUGCAAGAUGUCUGCGUCCAUGCCUCAGGCAUGAAUAAGAAAGAAAUUGUUGUGUAGUAACUGUUUUACUGUAUUUCUUCAACAGCACUGACACUUGCUUCAAUAAUGCAGCAGGGCGUUAAAGUCUGUGUACUUGUGAUCAGUCUGAUUGUGAUUUAUACGACAGGGUGUCUAAUUUUUACCAGAGGCUUUCUACUGAAACGAUCGGUUGUCAAUGAAAACAGCACCUGUCAUGCUGAUUUUUCGGUGCAGAAGGAUGAUCAUGGAGACGACGGGUGUUGGCAACAUUCCAGAUUCAAAAGAGCAAUAAUUAUUGUUAUCGACGCUUUGAAAUACGAAUUUAUGAAGUAUGACCCGAAGCUGAAAUCAAAAUCAUUUUUCUUGAACAAACUUCCUUUCUUGAAUAAUGUUUUGAAUCGCAAACCAAAACAUUCCAGAUUAUAUAGGUUUAUAGCAGACCCCCCAACAACCACGUUACAACGCAUAAAGGGACUUACAACUGGUAGUUUGCCUACUUUUGUAGAUGCUGGGGCAAACUUUGCUAGUGCUGAAAUAACCGAAGAUAACAUCAUUGAUCAGUUAAUUACACAAGAUAAAAAGAUAAAAUUUCUUGGGGAUGAUACGUGGAUCGGACUAUUUCCUAACCGUUUUUCUAAAGCAUUCCCGUUUCCAUCUUUCAACGUUAAAGAUCUCCAUACAGUUGACAAUGGCAUACUUCGGCAUCUCAUGCCAGAAAUUCGCAAACGAAACUGGGAUAUCAUGAUAGCACAUUUUCUCGGAGUUGAUCAUUGUGGUCAUAGAUUUGGACCUAAUCAUCCAGCAAUGGCAGAAAAACUUUCACAAAUGGAUCAGAUGCUCAGCAAUGUGACACGGGAGAUGAAGGAUGAUACUGUGCUGUUUGUGCUGGGGGACCACGGAAUGACGAAGACUGGUGAUCAUGGUGGAGACAGCGACGAUGAGUUGGAAGCAGGGCUGUUUGUCUACAGUCCAUCUCAGCUGGCAGCUACAGACUAUAAACCAGACGUUGUGAACUCUGUGGCCCAGACUGAUCUCGUCCCCACCCUGGCUCUCCUGCUGGGUGUACCCAUCCCCUUCUCCAACCUGGGCAUGGUGAUCAAGGACCUCUUCACACACUGUUCCUGGUGGAAGACGAGCACCAGCGACAUCAAGCAGGUGUAUCAUUCCGUCAAGGCACUCCGUCUCAAUGCACACCAGAUCAGCAAUUACCUAAAGACCUACUCAAAAGUUUCAUCUGAUUUCCCCCAGGACAAGUGGAGCAGACUGCAGGAACUGCUUCAACAUUCAGAGACUGACCUCCAGAGUCUUCUGACCUCUAUGGUACAAGAAGGAGAAACUGCCGAUAUUUUGAAAAGAUUCCAGAAAUUAGAAGAUCAUUAUGCUCAAUUUAUGACAGAUGUUCGGGAAAUAUGCCAGGGAAUAUGGGCUAAAUUUGAUGUAAUGUCCAUUUUGAUUGGGAUAUUAACUAUGGCUGUAGGUUUAAGUAUUAACAUACUGAUACUGCGUUGUUUGACGAGAGAUGGAAGCGAUUCUUGGACCCCUGUGUAUGUGGCGACUACUGCAGCAUGGGUGUAUCUGGUGUAUGCCAUUGUGCAAACUGUUUUUCUGUCGGAUUUUGUGAAUCCAAUGAUGUUGUUUGUGUUAGGGGGCAUGCUGCUUCUAGUUCUGUGGAUUUUGAUCAAAAAUUCCUUUUAUGGAGCAACCAAGGUUGAAGGAAGCCAGAAGUCACAAAAUAUCCAACAUUCGUUAAGCUUUGAUGAUAUUUUUGGAAUCUCAAUUUGUGUUCUGUAUUUUCUUGUUUACUUCUCAAAUAGUUUCGUGGUACUGGAAGAUAGUGUAACAAUGUUCUUCUCACAAACCAUGAUCUGGAUGUUUGGCUUAAAAAAUAUUAAGUACAACAUGUCAAUCUACUUAUCACAGAAGAGUCAUAAAGAAAUAGCAGCAAGACGCAGUAAGUCCAAACUGACCAUCAACAUCCUGAGCCUUGUGUCUCACCCAGUGACCUUGACCCUUGUCUUCACCUUGACCUGCAGUGUGUGUCUUCGUCUGUCGGUUCCAUUCCGUGCAUGUAGAGAAGAACAGUGGUUCUGCAACAACACUAUAUUCAUGAAACCUCUUGCAAACUUGGCAGUUGAUGCUGUCGGUUAUCGAAACGUCAGAUAUUUCUUCAGUAUCGCUGCUUUAUCAGCUUUCAUCAUUUCCAUCCGCCAGUGGCUGAAGUGUUAUGGCAACCUCAAUGGAUACUCACCAACUGUGAUGUGCAUGAGAUUCGCAUAUCCAUUUGCGGGAGUUUGCUGUUGUCUACACUGGGCUCUGCAAGGACUCCCAGUGCAGGUCCUGGAUUAUCUCCCUUGGUGGCAGCAGGUGCUUCUGGCCCAGCUUGUCUACGUGUCGCUCCUACUCUCCAUCCUCAUCCUGGUCUUCAAGCCACUGUGUGUGUACAAGCGACCCUCUGCUAGGGAUCCUUCAAUCGCAAUUCCCUAUGGAGGUUUAGACGGGCCUCAGAUCAUCCCCACUGUGUACAAACAUCUCCGAGAUCGCUUGAGAGCAGAGGCAGAUACAGAUGCAAAACCGCCAGUUGUGUAUGGACUGGGCACUGUCUAUAGUGCCAGCCUUUUACAGGUUGUUAUGGUGACAGGGCUGUUGUUGUCCCUGUUGCUAGGUGAUGGAUUAGCACCAAGUCUUCUUCUUGCUCUCCUGACUGUGUAUGUCUUUUAUGAGAUUUAUGGAGCAAGCGUCUUUCAUCAUAUUGAAACAACAGACAGACAUCAUCUUGUUCCAUUGUCAGCCAUUGUCACACUUGGUCUCCUCAUGUCGACAUUCUUCUUUGCAACUGGACAUCAAACAACUGUUCCUGCCAUCAGAUUUGAGUCGGCAUUCACUGGUUUCCAUGGCGAUUUCACAUACAACGUCAUCCCCGCAGUCCUCAUCGCACUCAACACGUUUGCCUCACAAGUGUUCUUCAUAGUUAUCUCCCCUUUAUUGUUGUUCUGGCCCCAUCUAGAAGGCGUUGUGUCCCAGCUAAUGCGGCAUGUGUCAAAGAAGGACCGUGUGUGGCGAGGGGACUUUGUAGCAUACGAUGACAGAACUUCAUUCAGGAAAAACAUCAUGAGACUUGUGUUUGGUUUAUUACUGUUUUCAGCAUUUAAGGUGCUUGGUGCUAUGGCGGCUGCAGGUUUACAUCGGCGCCACCUCAUGGUGUGGAAAAUAUUUGCUCCUCGUUUUGUUUUUGAGGGAGCGGCCAUGUUUGUGACCUUCACUGCUGUAUUGCUUGUGUACCUGUUUCUUGUAAUAGUUGACAGGGCAGUGAACACAUUCGCGGAGGGAUUGAACAAGGAGAACUAGAUGGACAAUGUACAUGCAUCUUCCCGAAGCAAGAGGUAACCGACUUUAAAAGUCCAGUUUCCACCCUUGCCGAAUUAGGCAUGAAUUACUGGACUUGAUCGUAGCGCCACCAGUGGCUAUUACCAGUGAUGUCCCCUCUAAGCCUCUCCUAUGGACCAAUGAGAUUCCACCUCUCGUAUCACUUGCAUUUGCUUCACCCAAAAUGGUGGGGCCAAGUCAGGAUGAUCUGAUCGAUAAUCAAGAUCUAUAUUGUGAUAAAACGGGUCUUACAUCGCGAAAUGCAUCAAAUCAUGUGAGCACCUUGAUUAAAAAUAGAAAAGAUUUGGAAAAUAUCUGCUGACGAGUUCGAGGUGCACAUGCUUUGCAAAUACUGCAAUCGACCCAAUUCUGCACGACAAUUUACGAACCGGAUUUCGAUUUUGAUUGGACUACGCAUAGACUCGUUAGUCCAGCCAAAAUGUAACUCCAUAAUACCAGUCUAGUUCGGCAAGGGUGGAAACUGGACUUUUAUAGUCAGUUAACUCACUUGCCUCGGGAAGAUGAUGUACAUGAGACAAAUAGCAGUAUUGUAUUGUUUAAACAGAAUCUGGGGUUGAGGGAGGAUAUUACUGCAUUGGAGAAAUUAGUGUUAGAGAAAAAAGAUUGUGACAAAUGUAGGAAUAGUUUCUCUUAGUGCUUGGAGCAACACACCCUCGAUAAUCCAGCCUACUAUAUCACCAUUCAUUUAUGUUAUGAUAUAUACCCUGGACUACGUCGCGACCAUAGCCUCAUAUGUGAAUUGAUGUCACCAGGUCCAUCUUUUCACCAACAAAGAACAGAAUUUCUCUCCUGCGCUUACUUCAACAACCAAUCAGAAUGCCUCUUCUGAAUGAACAUUGUUACCGGUGUUGUUGCGCCACUGUGCGUGGGUUGAAUCUCACACCAGUGGUCUGUCUGCUCCAGGCUGGUUUAUGGGUGCCUGUUUUCUGUGCUGUGGACUAGGGUGUUUCAUUUAGCUUCACUUCAGUUUCAUCAACCUUUUCCAGCAGGGCUUCUGGGUUGGUUGGAUGGUUUGUUGUUUAACGCCGCACUCAGCAAUGGAAUAGAUGCCCAGCAGCCUGAGCUUGUCAUGAGAGGCGACUACAUGGAUCCUGUGGUCACACUUGGUGACAUGGUGUGCAGUGGCAUGGGACAUUACACAUAAUAUUAAUCACUCUUUGUCUUGUCCAGACUUGAUUAUCUAAAGGCCGCAAUCAUAUUGCUGGAACGUUGCAAUUUUUGACAUUAAUUGAUUAAACAAUCAAAUUUUCUGCUACUUCCAUUUGUACAGUUGAUGCAGAUAUAGGAUAUCACUGUACCCUGAUAUACAUUCUUUUUUGUGCCAUCAUUGUUUGUUACAUUUUGUAUACAUAUAUCACCAUUAUUCAGGAAAAGUCAAUAAAUCUUAUUGUUUUGUAAA